UCAUCAAGAGACACCAGUCGUGUCCAGUGAAAAUUUCCAGCAGUUAUUCACUAAGAGCAAAUCGGUUCACUUCAAGUGUGAAAAUUUCCAGAAAACUGGCAGUUUCAAGGUAAGAGGGGCUAUCAAUUCGGUGAUCAGACUCAAAGAAACUAAUCCAGAGGUAACCAGUGUGGUGACGCGGAGCUGUGGAAAUUUCGGCGCUGGCUUAGCAUAUGCAGCUAUUGCGCACAACUUGCUGUGCUAUGUAGCGAUGCCAUCUCCAUGCUUGAAGUAUAAGAGAAAAAUAGCUGAAUUCUACGGUGCCAUUAGUUCAACCUAUAACGCCACAUGCGACAAAUCGAGGGAAUCAGAACUAAGUCGAAUACAGUCAGAAUCUGAGGCUCACUUCAUAACUUCUUCAAAUGAGAAAAGUUCAAUCUGUGGUCAAGCUACAGUGGGAUUGGAAUUUAUGAAGCAAGUGAAAGAUCUCGAUGCUGUUCUGGUCCCAUGUGGAAGUGGCGGGCUACUAGCAGGAAUUGCCACUGCUGUGAAGGCGUUAAGACCUGACAUCAAAGUGAUCGGGGUGGAGCACUGCACUCCAUUCGGACUGAAGAAGUCGAUGGAGAUGAGGGAGAGAGUGUGGCCCGAGUACUAUGUCCCCUCCAUCUGCAAUGGGCUGCAAAAUCCCACUAUGAAACCUUCACUCUCAGAGGAAUCAGCCGGCAUCAUUUUCCAAUAUGUCGAUGGCGUCAUACAGGUUCCGGACGAAUUGACAUCCAAAGCAGUCCAGUUUUUCCUCACUCAGAUGAAGAUGGUGGUCGAACCUUCUGGUGCAAUAACUGCAGCUGCUCUUAUGGACUCUGAAAAUUUGGAGAACUCAUUGAAAGACUGCCAGAACAUUGGUGCAGUAAUUUCAGGCGGCAAUGUGGACAUUCUUAAGGAAUUAGCUGAAGCUGCGAAAAAGUCGUCAAUUGAAGAAGAAGAGAGUAUCAAUAGAACAUUACAAAAAUUGAUUGAGCGGAUCAACUGAAUAUAAGUAAAUCGAAAAUCGUGCUAUAGAUCACCCAAUUUAUUUACCCUUGCGAUAAGCAAGGGUAUUGCAAUCGGGUACUAGAUUUUUUUUCCGUAAAUAAUCUCCAUUUUCUGCACAUUGCAUUUUUAACAGCUCUAGUUAAUGUGUCCAGAGUUAAUGCGUUACUGGAUCU